AUGUACCAGUGUUAUUUGGAAGAUGGAGCUUCAAAGGGUGCCUGGCUGAACCGGUCAAGUAUUAUUUUUGCGGGAGGUGAUAAGUGGUCAGUGGAUCCUCGAGUUUCAAUUUCAACAUUGAACAAAAGAGACUACAGCCUCCAGAUACAGAAUGUAGAUGUGACAGAUGAUGGCCCAUACACGUGUUCUGUUCAGACUCAGCACACGCCGAGAACAAUGCAGGUGCAUCUGACUGUGCAAGUUCCUCCGAAGAUAUAUGACAUCUCAAGUGAUAUGACCAUCAAUGAAGGAACCAAUGUCACCCUUAUUUGUUUGGCCACUGGGAAACCAGAGCCUUCCAUUUCUUGGCGGCACAUCUCCCCAUCAGCAAAACCAUUUGAAAAUGGACAGUAUUUGGACAUUUAUGGAAUUACCAGGGACCAGGCUGGAGAAUAUGAAUGCAGUGCAGAAAACGAUGUGUCAUUCCCAGACGUGAAGAAAGUAAAAGUUGUCGUAAACUUUGCUCCUACGAUUCAGGAAAUUAAAUCCGGCACCAUGGCCCCGGGCCGCAGUGGACUGAUAAGAUGCGAAGGCGCGGGCGUGCCGCCUCCGGCCUUCGAGUGGUACAAAGGCGAGAAGAAGCUCUUCAAUGGCCAACAAGGAAUUAUUAUUCAGAAUUUUAGCACAAGAUCCAUUCUCACUGUUACCAAUGUGACACAGGAGCACUUCGGCAACUAUACCUGUGUGGCUGCCAACAAGCUAGGCACAACCAAUGCGAGCCUGCCUCUCAACCCUCCAAGUACAGCCCAGUAUGGAAUUACCGGGAGCGCCGACCUUCUUUUCUCCUGCUGGUCCCUUGUGUUGACACUGUCCUCUUUCACCAGCAUAUUCAACCUGAAGAAUGCCAUUCUACACUAAAUCUAAAGACCCAUGAAAGGCUUUUAAGAAUUCUCUGGAAGUGCUGAUGGCUGGAUCCAAUCUGGUACAGUUUGUUAGAAGCAGCGUGGGAUAUAAUCAGCAGUGCUUACGUGGGGAUGCUCGCCUUCUGUAGAAUUGCUCAUUAUGUAAAUACUUUCCUUCCACUCUUUUUUUGAUUAGCUACAUUACCUUGUGAAGCAGUACAUUGUCUUUUUUUUUUAAGAUGUGAAGGCUCUGAAAUUACUUUUAGAGGAUAUUAAUUGUGAUUUCAUGUUUGUAAUCUACAACUUUUCAAAAGCAUUCAGUCAUGGUCUGCUAGGUUGCAGGCUGUAGUUUACAAAAACGAAUAUUGCAGUGAAUAUGUGAUUCUUUAAGGCUGCAAUACAAGCAUUCAUUUCCCCGUUUCAAUAAGAAUCAAUCCACAUUGACAAAGAUGCAUUUUUUUUCUCUCUUUUGAUAAAAAAAAAAAGCAAAUAAUAUUGCCUUCAGAUCAUUUCUUCAAAAUAAACACAUAUCUAGAUUUUUUCUGCUCGCAUGAUAUUCAGGUUUCAGGAAUGAGCCUUGUAAUAUAACUGGCUGUGCAGCUCUGCUUCUCUUUCCUGUAAGUUCAGCAUGGGUGUGCCUUCAUGAAAUAAUAUUUUCCUCUUCAUCUUCAACUUUAAUAAAAACAGUUUGCCAAACCCUACAGUUUAAAGCAAAAAUAAACAACAAUGAUAAACUAUACCCUGUCUCUAAAGAGCAAAGUAGCUAUAGGACUAUAAAAAUCUCUUCGUUACCAGUGGGGUUUGAGAAUUCUGCCCCACAAUAACUCAAUUUUGUGAUGAAAAACAAUUGGAUUAACAUAGUCCAGGAACAUUUAGCAUAUUAUUUUUUUAUGUUAAAUCCACUUUGGGAAAUAACUCCCUUUAAACUGACAACACAGUCCAGCCAAGAGAUUGCCCAGCAAUCCAGGAUCUUUUCCUUUCAUGAUUCCAAGCCAAAAUUUUUAAGAUGAUUUUUCAGAAAGGACACAAAGUUCCAUCACCUAAUAUUACAUCAGUUGGUAAACACUCAAAAUUAAGUUGGUUCUGUGACAGGAAAGAUGGUAUGAGAAGGUGCCCCUGUGGACAGGAGCAUUUUGCAUAUUUUUUUACCUGAAAACAUCACUCAGUUGAUAGUUUGGAGUGCAUGUUAUAUUAAAAAAUUGUUCAAAAUAUAUUAUAACAAAUAUUUUGUGCUGGUGUGCAGCAGAUCAAUCCCUGAAAUAACUAAUUCUAUAAUAAAAUCUUUCUCUAUAGCCAUGUCAGCUCAAAUAAGUAAGGCCAAAAAUUUUUUUUACCAUGUUUGAUUUUUUUUCUUACAUGGUAUAUGUAAGAUAUGAUAAAAUAAAGACAAGACCAGAGAUGAGACUAUCUUAAGAUAUAUUAAUUAUUAAAUUAUCAUGAGUAUUAACUUAUUUCUGUCAUAAAGAAUGAAAACUACAUUUUUGAAGGAAAAUGCUGUUACUUUAAAAAGUGUUAUAUUACAGGAAGAGUUGGAUGGUUUUACUCUUUACUAAUGAAAGACAGUAGCCUUGAAAGUCAUUUCACAAGUUUGACAAAGUUACCAAUUGCACUACACCUAGAGAGAUUUCUGCAGACAGUCAGCCCCCUUUGCAAGUCAUAAAAACAACGAAAAACUUAUAAAGAUAGAUACAAGAAAUUUCACAGAAAUUAUACAUAUUUAAGAUAUCUAAUAUUUUACCCCAAAAAAGAUAACUUGAAAAUUGUGAUUUCUUUUCAACUAAAACUUAGUCCCAAAUUGCACCCUAAGUCUAUUUUAAUUAGAAAAAAGAAUUCUAAAUGAGGAGGCAUAAAUAUACAUGUUUUCAGAAAAUGGCAAUAAUAGGGCAUGAUGCUAUUAAAUUUACUCACUGUAAAAAUGUAUUACAUUAUUUUGACUGAUGUAUUAAAAAUGGGGUUUUAAAAAUACAAGUGGCAUUUGAACCUUGGUUAUUAUUGACUUGCAUUUUUAAAAUAUUCUUUGUGGAAUUUGUGAGUAAAUUACAAAAUAUUUUGUUUUGUAUUGCAGCUUUAAAGUGGCACACUCCAUAAUAAUCUACUUACUAGAAAUAGAGGUGCUACCACAAAAGUGUUAACCAUCAGUACCAUUGUUUGGGAGAAAGAAACAGAUCAAGAAUGCAUAUUAUACAGUGACCGCUUUCCUAGAGUUAAAAAUACCUCCUCUUUGUAAGGUUUGUAGGGUAAAUGUGAGGUAAAUCGAGGUAUAAACUUUGGAUGAACCAAAUAAUUAGUUCAAAGUGUUGUCAUGAUUCCGAAUUUGUGGAGUCUGGUGUUAUUACCAUAGAAUGUGACAGAAGUACAGUCAUAGCUCAGUAGCUAUAUGUAUUUGCCUUUAUGUUAGAAGAGAUGUUCUCGAGUGACAUUUUUAAACGGAGGAGGUAUUCGCUAUGUUUUUCUGUAUCACAGCAACAUUCCUAGUCCUUAGGCCCCUGGACAGAGUGAAAUCAUGAGUAUUUAUGAGUUCAAUAUUGUUCAAAUAAGGCUACAGUAUUUGCUUUUUUGUGUGAAUGUGUUGCAUAUAAUGUUCAAGUAGAUGAUUUUACAUUUAUGGACAUAUGAAACGUCUGAUUACUUCAUUUUAUCAGUCCUGACUGUACAAGAUUGUUGCGACUUCAGAAUAGCAGUUUUAUGAAAUUGAUUUCUCUUUUGAUGUAUAAUAAUUUUUUUCUAGCUAUUCAUUUCAGCAUUAUAUUUCCACAAGUUACAUUUGUGGGAUUCCUUUUGUUGCCCCUGAUUU